ACCAUCUGUCUAGCCCCACCUUUUAAAAUCUUAGCUUCUUCUUCUAAAAGAAGGGGUCCACCAUCUUACCUCACAGGGAGGUUGUGAUCAUGGACAUGGGUGCCUGUCACCUACUGUGUUUCUCUAGAUGGGAGUGGCCUUCUGACCCUCCAGAGACACAGCUUUGACGCUGUCACACAUUUUAGUGAUGUCACAGCUCACUGCCUGGCAGGUCUAGCGCCAUCAUAUCUGGCUGAGGUGAGAGGGGCAGGGUGCAGGCAGUGUGGGGUCCAGUCUUGCUCCUACAGCCCCAGCAUGAAUCCAUCUACAAACAAGAGGCCCAAGAAUGGAGUGGUUUCCAAGGUAAGACUUUGUUUCGAAGCCCAGGCAAGUGAGGGAUCUUAUCAAUGAUCCAGCCUUUUAGAGGAGGGAAAGGGAAGGGUGAAAGGAGGCCGGCAGAGUUAAAAUGGUCUCAGUUUUGUUCUAAAGCCAAACUGACAGGACUCCCAGUCUAGGGGUGGUCAAAGCAUGCUCAGUCAAAUGGAGAGACACAGUGCAGCAUGCAAGGGGUUUCCUUCUAUGCUAGCUCUCCCUCUCUUCCUUUCUCUCAGAUGCAAGAUGAGAAACUGCAGGACAAGAUAAAUCAGCCUGUCAGCAAACUAAUUGAGCGGAACCGACUUAAAAUGGUAUUAAAAAACUUGUCCCUCUUGAAGUUACUCAAGAGUUCAAAUGACCGGAUCCGAGAACUGCAUAGCCUGGCCAGAAGGUGUUGGAAUUUAAUAAUCAGAGUUCCAAAGAUCCUCCAAAUCUCCUCUGGGGAUAACAACGUGAAAGUGAAACAAAAGAAUGAAGAGCUGCAAGACGUUCUGGCCCUGGUGAAGAAACCGGAAUCCAGGAAAGCAGAGUCCAUAGAGAAACCUAAUGAAAACACGUCAGAGGAGUGGAAGCCCACGGAAGGGUCAAAGGGGUCACCCGCAGCAGCGUCACGGAGAAAAAAGCAGGCAAAGCCUAAAGUCCCCAAGAUAGCAAAGAAUCAUGGCUUGCUUACCAGAGCCCAGAAGAGGAAACCAUAUGUUAAGGAGCCCCGAAUUGUCUUCCUGAAGAUCUACAAUCACAGAACUCCCAAGAUGAACAUGAAACCACUGGAUGAAACUGACCAGUUGGUCUGGUUUGAGGGGCUUCCCACACGCAUCCACCCCCCAGGGCGCCGGAUCAUGUGCAGAUCAUCUGCCUUACGCCACGUCAAGCGCCCCUGUACCCGGUUCUGCUCGGUGUCACUUUGAGCUGCCUGUGUAGCAUCCAUAUGAGGUGGGUAUGACGACACCACUGCCAGGCCAAGGCAAGAUGCAGCCCCUCAUGCAGGCCCACACCUGAGCCCUAGACUCAGGGGUUUGGGUCUUGCUGACUGUGGGUGGCUGGACUGGGAGGCCCCAUACCCAGAGAGAGGAAGCCAUUGACCAGACCACACAGCAGGGUAAUAGCUGGGCUGAGGAUGCAGCUCAGUUGACUGGGCUGUAGGGAAGGUGCAAUGGAAAUGUGGGACCCAGUAUAUCAUCUAGUUGUCUGGAGACCCCAGGAGAGUGGGAACCACCGCUGUGGCCCUGAAUCCCAAAGGAUGUUUAAGCUAGGGAGGAGGGAAGUAGCCACACUAGGCUUUGCUGCAUCUCCUCCCCUUAGGCUAAAUC